AUGAAACCGACCUGGUUGGACGAGCCCCAGAAAGGGGAGGACGUCCAAGUCCGCAGGCUCAGUGCCAACCCCUUCACAGCGGACUACACCAUCAACCAGACGCUCCAUGGGCGGUCUCACCCGAACGGUAGGCGGUUGAGCAUAGAAGUGCCGCCCGAUUACAUCGUCCUCGAUACGAUCGUCUCGUCCCCGGGCACAUCGGAGAGCACCGAGUAUUCCGUGGCGACGCCCAAGAAGCAGGUCAGGAUAGACGACCCGGGGCCGCUGUCUUUGCUAUCGGGACCGACGCUCCCUCUCCCUAACCAUACGUAUCACAAAGACCAGCCCAAGUGGAUAAAUCGAAGAUGGAACAACCUUGUUACGUUUGCAAAGUUCAUGGGGCCUGGAUUCAUGAUCGCCGUUGCGUACAUUGAUCCCGGAAACUACGCCACAGACAUCGCUGCCGGCGCAUCGUACCAUUUCGAUCUCUUAUUCAUCGUCCUUCUGAGCAACGUAGUUGCAAUCUUCCUCCAAAGCCUCGCAAUCAAACUGGGAACGAUUACGGGCCUCGACCUGGCCACCGCAUCCCGCGUAUUCCUUCCAAAAUGGCUCAAUCUCAUCAUCUACGCCCUCGCCGAAAUCGCCAUCAUUGCGACAGACAUGGCGGUUGUUAUUGGUACCGCGACGGCCCUGCAUCUGCUGAUACCGAAGUUGCCGCUGAUUGCCUGCGUCGUCCUGACGGUCGUCGACGUCGUUUUUAUAGUGGUCUUUUACCGGCCCGACGGCUCGAUGCGAGGGCUAAGGAUGUUCGAGAUUGGCGUCUGCUUCCUCGUGCUGGGAGUUGUCGUCUGUUUCUGCAUCCAGCUUUCUUUGAUCGAGAAUACGACCAUCGGCGAGGUUUUUCGGGGCUAUCUCCCAUCCGGAUCCAUCAUCCAGACCCAGGGGUAA